AUGACGUCGAAGCGCCAGAGAUCUUCUCCACCGGGCAGAUUGCAUAACAAGAAAUCACGCGUGGCUGUGGCUGUGUCAGAUGACACCGACGACGCCGAAGACGCUGACUACUCAGCCCCCUUGCGCCAUCUCCAGCGAUCUCUUCUCGCUACUUUCUACGGCUGGCACGCGCAGCCUGGCGAUGGCGACGACGGCAGUGAGACGGCUGGUACGAUCAGCGACCUGACCGGUGUGUUACGUGGGAGUGUAGAGCACGGCGAAGGCAACAGCGUUCUUGUCGUUGGUGGCCGAGGAACCGGCAAGACGUUAGCAGUGCGCAGUGCACUCGCAGCUGUCCCCACCCGCCGCUUUAUUCCCAUCCACCUCCACGGCAGUGUCCACACGACCGAUAAGAUGGCUCUGCGCGAGAUGGCGCGGCAGAUACGCGCGCAGGGCGGCACCGUAACCUCGCUCGAUGCGCUCCAGUUGCAGGUGGACGAGAACGGGGAGGGCGGAGAGAGCACAGAGCACCCAGAACACACUAUCGAUAUCGGCCAGAGCACCCUUACCGCUUUGCUCACCCUUCUCGCCGCUUCCGCUCUCCCUAUAGUCGUCGUGCUCGAUGAAUUCGAUCUCUUCGCGGCACACGCUAGGCAGGCUCUGCUUUACUGCCUCCUCGACUGCGCUCAGGGUGGUCGCCGCAGAGGUGGCCUAGCUGUCGUCGGCACGACGUGUAGAUUCGACGCCGUUGAUAUGCUCGAGAAGAGGGUCAAAAGUCGUUUCUCGCAGCGAAUCCUACACGUAUCGAGUCCGCGUACGUGGACAGCGUGGUGCACUCUCGCCCGAAAAUCCCUAUCUUACCCGCACGUCGAGGAUGUAGCCCACGCGAAGCAGUUGGACAAGUUCAAGACACAGUGGGAUGCACACGUAGAGCGACUUUUCGACGAUACGCAGUUCGAGCUCGUGCUCAAGAUGCUUUUUGACAUGCUAGCCGAUAUCCCAGCGCUGUACCGAGUGUUUGCUAUACCCAUCGCUAAUGCUACACCGGAGAAGGCAUUUCCACCUGCGAAAGAAUUCCUUGGCGCAUACGCUUCGCAGCGUCCCACAGAUACAUUCUACCUACUCGACACACUCCCUUUGCCGGCAAUCGCGCUCGUGAUUGCCGCGAAACAGAUCAGCGCACGCGAUAUGCACACAUUUACAUUUGAGUUGGUCAAUAAGGAAUACGACGACUGGGCGAGAAGGACUAUAUACGCACCGACAGCCGCCAGUGUGGAUAUGAACGCGAUGACCAACCCUCGCAUAGCAAUCAGUGUUUGGCCGCGACAUAUACUGAUGGGGGCAUUCGACACACUCGUCCUCCUCAACCUCUUCAUCCCCGUCUCUUCUGCUAGCGCUCUCGCAAGCGGGGAAAUGCGCGAGUAUGCCACCCACAGAUGCGCGCUCGAGAACGGGGAGAUAAGACAAGCUGUGGAGAAACGGAGGGAUCUGCCGACGUCGCUGUAUAAAUGGGGCCAUAGUUGGAAUUGA